CAAAGGACAGCAGUCUUCACAGGACACUGUGAGAUAUGGGGGUCUACACACAACAUGGAGAAACUUUGGACUCCACAACUCUUAAUAGGUCAUUAGAGCCUCAAGGUUCAGCUAUACCUGCCAGUCAGAACAACAGGAAAGCCAAACCCUCACAAUCAGAUGUGGUGUAUGUGGUGGGUGGAUGGAGCAAAGAUGACCCCUUGUGUCCCGUUGAACAAUUUUGCACUGAGUAUAACGAAUGGAAAACGACCACGCCCAUAAUGCGUCAUCGUAGAGACGCAGGAGUGUGUGCUGUCGGCAGGUUUAUCUACAUGGUCGGUGGUGCCGACGAGAUUACUUGUAUUAGCAGCAUGGAGAGGUAUGACCCUGGUCAAACUGUGUGGAAUGGUGAGCUGCCUUCAAUCUCCUCUCCAAGAAGUAGAGUGUGUGUUUGUGAGAUGGACGGAUGCCUUGUCUGCAUUGGAGGCUUUGACGGACACAUGUACCUCAAUUCAGUAGAGAGGUAUGAUUCCUCCCGUAAUGCCUGGUCUAAGCUGGCACCUUUGCAGCACAAGAGGGCUGGGGCUACUGCUGUGGUGAUGAAUGGACAGCUCUAUGUCAUAGGAGGAACUGAUGGGAACACCAUCCUUGAUUCAGUGGAGCGCUUCGACCCAGCAGAGGGAUGCUGGGCUCUGUGCCCACCACUCCGGACCCCGCGCGAGGGCGCCGGCAGCACCGUGUUUCUGGGUCGGAUCUACGUGGCAGGCGGCCGGGAUGACCUGGGUCUGCCACUUAAAACAGCAGAGAAGUAUGACUCGGAGUCCUUCCGCUGGACCCCUGUCAAACCUAUGAAUAACAAGAGAUACCAAGUGUCAUUGCUGGUGUUCAAUGAUCUGCUGCUUGCUGUGGGAGGAUCUGAUGGAGUCUCGAAUCACAAGACUAUGGAGGCCUAUGAGCAUGAAAACAACUGCUGGAGGCACUUUGGAAGCAUGAAGUCCAAGCAUCCAGGUGGGCACGUCGCUGUCCUGAAGGCCAGUUAGGCAAACUGGACAGCAGUCUCACCGCUUACGUCUUUGAGAGACACGCAGGGAUUAACUUGAAAUCAAUUUGACUCAAGUUAAAAACACACAAAUGUUCCCUCAACCAGUUGCAAUAACAUGUACAUGUUCAAAUAGCCUACUAAAUCCACCUCCAAAAAUACCAUGUGGGACUGCUGCAAGAGAUGAACUGGUUUUAUAUAUUUAUUGUUUUACCUUUGAACAUUAUACAGAAAGUUGUGUGCAAGAGCAGUAACGUUUAAGAGUAGUUAAUGACAGACUGUACCCUAUGUGGCUAAUAUCACUACUUUAAUAAUGUGUGUUGAAAUGGAUGCUGGAAUAAAAUAUUUUGAUUGAA